AUGGGAGAUAAACACUCAGAGAUAGAGAUUCAUUCUCCUGGUGGUUGUAAUGAGAAGGAAUUUCAAUGUCAUCCUGAUGGAAAUUGCAUUCCUGAUCUGUGGCGCUGUGAUGGAGAAAAAGAUUGUGAAGAUGGUAGUGAUGAAAAAGGUUGCAAUGGUACCAUACGUUUGUGUGAUCACAAAACCAAGUUUUCUUGUCGGAGUACAGGAAGAUGCAUCAACAAAGCAUGGGUAUGUGAUGGAGAUAUUGAUUGUGAAGAUCAAUCCGACGAAGAAGACUGUGACAGUUUCUUGUGUGCACCCCCCAAGUAUCCAUGUGCUAAUGAUACUUCUGUCUGCCUGCAGCCGGAGAAACUUUGCAACGGGCAAAGAGAUUGUCCUGAUGGCUCUGAUGAAGGCGACCUCUGCGAUGAAUGUUCUCUGAAUAAUGGAGGCUGUAGCAACCACUGUUCUGUUGUUCCCGGAAGAGGAAUUGUCUGUUCCUGCCCUGAGGGACUUCAACUCAAGGCAGACAAUAAAACCUGUGAAAUUGUGGAUUACUGUAGCCAUCAUCUGAAGUGUAGUCAGGUGUGUGAGCAGCACAAGCACACGGUCAAGUGCUCCUGUUAUGAAGGAUGGAAGCUUGAUGUGGAUGGCGAAAGUUGCAGCAGUGUUGAUCCUUUUGAAGCAUUCAUCAUCUUUUCUAUUCGCCAUGAGAUCCGAAGAAUUGAUCUUCAUAAAAGAGACUACAGUCUACUUGUUCCUGGAUUGAGAAACACCAUAGCACUUGAUUUUCACUUCAAUCAAAGUUUACUUUAUUGGACAGAUGUUGUUGAAGACAGAAUAUAUCGGGGCAAGCUUUCUGAGAGUGGAGGUGUCAGUGCAAUAGAAGUGGUAGUGGAGCAUGGUCUGGCAACCCCAGAAGGCCUGACCAUCGACUGGAUAGCCGGCAAUAUAUACUGGAUAGACAGCAAUCUGGACCAAAUCGAGGUGGCCAAGCUAGAUGGUUCCCUAAGAACUACGCUUAUAGCAGGAGCCAUGGAACACCCCAGAGCCAUUGCACUGGACCCAAGAUAUGGAAUUCUUUUCUGGACAGACUGGGAUGCCAAUUUUCCUCGCAUCGAAUCUGCUUCUAUGAGUGGUGCUGGAAGAAAAACCAUCUACAAAGACAUGAAAACUGGGGCCUGGCCUAAUGGACUAACUGUAGACCACUUUGAGAAAAGGAUAGUUUGGACAGAUGCCAGGUCAGAUGCUAUUUAUUCGGCCCUCUACGAUGGAACAAACAUGAUAGAAAUAAUCAGAGGUCAUGAAUACCUUUCUCAUCCCUUUGCUGUGUCUCUUUAUGGGAGUGAGGUCUACUGGACAGACUGGAGGACCAACACUUUAUCCAAAGCCAAUAAGUGGACAGGGCAGAAUGUCAGUGUGAUUCAGAAAACCAGUGCCCAACCAUUUGAUCUUCAGAUUUACCAUCCCAGUCGUCAACCACAGGCUCCCAAUCCCUGUGCAGCUAAUGACGGCCGAGGCCCCUGCUCUCACAUGUGUCUGAUCAAUCAUAACAGGAGUGCUGCUUGUGCCUGCCCCCACUUGAUGAAGCUUUCCUCAGACAAGAAGACCUGCUAUGAAAUGAAAAAAUUUCUUCUUUAUGCAAGACAUUCUGAAAUCAGAGGAGUGGACAUUGACAAUCCAUAUUUUAACUUUAUCACGGCCUUUACAGUCCCUGAUAUCGAUGAUGUUACUGUGAUAGACUUCGAUGCCUCUGAGGAACGUUUAUACUGGACAGAUGUUAAAACACAAACUAUUAAACGGGCUUUUAUUAAUGGAACUGGGUUAGAGACUGUUAUUUCAAGAGAUAUUCAGAGUAUCAGAGGGCUAGCAGUGGAUUGGGUCUCACGUAAUUUAUACUGGAUUAGCUCAGAAUUUGAUGAAACGCAAAUUAAUGUGGCACGGCUAGAUGGCUCUUUGAAAACCUCAAUUAUCCAUGGAAUUGAUAAACCACAGUGUCUUGCAGCUCACCCAGUCAGGGGGAAACUCUACUGGACAGAUGGAAAUACAAUUAACAUGGCCAAUAUGGAUGGGAGUAAUAGCAAGAUUCUCUUUCAGAAUCAAAAGGAACCCAUUGGUCUAUCGAUAGACUACGUGGAAAACAAACUUUACUGGAUCAGUUCGGGAAAUGGAACCAUAAAUAGAUGCAACCUGGACGGUGGUAAUUUAGAGGUAAUAGAGUCAAUGAAAGAAGAAUUAACAAAAGCUACAGCCUUAACCAUCAUGGAUAAGAAACUCUGGUGGGCAGACCAAAACUUAGCUCAGCUGGGAACCUGCAGCAAAAGAGAUGGGAGAAACCCUACCAUCCUACGAAAUAAGACUUCUGGGGUUGUUCAUAUGAAAGUGUACGAUACAGAUGCACAGCAAGGCAGCAAUUCUUGCCACCUAAAUAAUGGUGGAUGCUCUCAGCUUUGCUUACCGACAUCCGAAAUGACAAGGACUUGCAUGUGUACAGUGGGAUACUACCUGCAGAAGAACCGCAUGUCUUGUCAAGGUAUAGAAUCAUUUCUUAUGUACUCUGUCCAUGAAGGAAUCAGGGGAAUACCUCUUGAACCAAGUGACAAAAUGGAUGCUUUGAUGCCAAUAUCAGGAGCUGCAUUUGCUGUGGGAAUAGAUUUCCAUGCAGAAAAUGAUACCAUCUAUUGGACGGACAUGGGCUUCAAUAAAAUCAGCCGAGCUAAAAGAGAUCAGACAUGGAAAGAAGAUAUCAUUACCAAUGGCUUGGGAAGAGUAGAAGGGAUAGCGAUUGACUGGAUUGCUGGUAAUAUAUAUUGGACAGAUCAUGGUUUCAACUUAAUUGAAGUUGCAAGACUCAAUGGCUCUUUUCGUUAUGUAAUUAUUUCCCAAGGCCUGGAUCAACCAAGAUCUAUAGCUGUGCACCCAGAGAAAGGCUUCUUGUUCUGGACUGAAUGGGGACAGAUGCCCUGCAUUGGAAAGUCUCGCUUAGAUGGCUCUGAAAAAGUUGUCCUUGUAAGCUUGGGAAUAGCAUGGCCCAAUGGCAUCUCCAUUGACUACCAGGAAAAUAAAUUAUACUGGUGUGAUGCUCGCACAGACAAGAUAGAGAGAAUUGACCUUGAGACUGGAGGGAAUCGCGAGAUGGUGCUGUCAGGGAGCAAUGUGGAUAUGUUUUCAGUUGCAGUCUUUGGGGCUUACAUCUACUGGUCUGACAGAGCACAUGCCAACGGAUCUGUCAGAAGGGGCCACAAGAAUGAUGCCACAGAAGCAGUAACCAUGAGAACGGGCCUUGGAGUCAAUCUAAAGGAGAUUAAAAUCUUCAACCGAGUAAGAGAGAAAGGGACCAAUGUUUGUGCCAAGAACAAUGGUGGUUGUAAGCAACUCUGUCUUUAUCGAGGAAAUUCCCGGAGAACUUGUGCUUGUGCCCAUGGAUAUUUAGCAGAGGAUGGAGUUACUUGCCGAAGGCAUGAAGGCUAUUUGCUGUAUUCAGGGAGAACAAUAUUAAAAAGUAUACAUCUUUCUGAUGAAACCAAUUUAAAUUCCCCAAUAAGGCCAUAUGAGAAUCCACAUUAUUUCAAGAAUGUCAUAGCCUUGGCUUUUGACUAUAGUCAGAGAAGAAAAGGUACCAACCGAAUAUUUUACAGUGAUGCACACUUUGGAAAUAUACAACUUAUUAAAGAUAACUGGGAAGACAGACAAGUAAUUGUUGAAA